CGAAGACCCAAGUCUGGAAGACUAAACUGAGGACAGCUCUGUAAGCAAAAGGCCGUUAUCUUUGUGUUCACUAAACAUCAACCAUCUUCACCAAAAUCGUACCCAAAAGAGAGAAUCUUGAACAAAUGGCAGAGGCUGCUCAUAACCCAGUAACCCAGCAGCAGAAAAUCAUUAUAACCAACAAACAUGGUGAAAAGCUUGUGGGCUUGUUACAUGACACUGGUUCUAUGGCCAUGGUUUCACAUCCACCAAGGAAUCCAGGAUGACCCUAUUAUGGUGAACCUCACUGUUGCCUUGGAACAUGAAGGAAUUAGUUCAUUUCGUUUUGAUUUUUCUGGAAAUGUGUCAGUGCUAAAGAACUGUAUACACUUAUAUUAACAGGUUCUGUGAUAAAACUAUAUAUGUUUUGUUUACUGAACUGUUGGACCUUGUAAGUGUGACCUCAUAAUUAGUAGAUAAUCUUGUUAUGAAGAACUGAAGAAGAGUCUUGGUAAAUUCAGAUCUUUAAGUUACAGUGAUGUUGCUUUAACUGUAAUAAUUUGUUGGGAUUGCAGGGAAAGUGAAGGCAUCUUUGAGCAAUAGUCAUUCUUGCAAAUUUGGAAUGCGACUCAUUUUAGGGCUAUAUGAUAGUAGCAGCUUAAUUGUCACCAAAGUUACUGUUUCUUGAUGACGAUCACCAAAGUUGUUGAUAGAUCACUUUCUGUUGAUAUUGGGUGUAAGACCAUAUGAAAGCACAUAAUUCCCGUAACAUGUGAUCAAAAAUGUUGCUGAAUAGUGUUACUACAGGAGGUGAUAUGGUGCUACUGUAUGCUUCUAACUACCAUGACAUUCAUACCGUCGUCAAUGUUUCUAGACGUUAUGAUCCGAAGAAAGGCAUUGCAGAACGGUUGGGGAAAGACUUUAUGGAAGCGAUCAAGAAGGAAGGCUUUCUCGAUAUCAAGAAUGACACAGGAGGUGUUGCUUUCCGCGUGACUGAAGAAAGUUUGAUGGAUCGCCUUAGUACUGAUAUGCAUGAGUCAUGCCUUCUGAUUGGCAAAGAAUGCCAGGUGUUAACGGUGCAUGGAUCUGAUGAUGAGAUAAUCCCUGUGGAUGAUGCCGUGGAGUUUUCCAAAAUAAUACCCAACCACAAAUUACAUAUUGUGCGAGGUGCUAAUCAUUGUUACACCUCGCAUCAAGCUGAGUUAGCUUCAGUUGUGGUGGACUACAUAAACACCGCUCUGCAGCAGGACAACACUACUUCCAACUAGUAGUCGAAAUCUUAAGGAUGCAAACCAGUAAAUUAACUCGGCCAUUGUCAGUGAUGGUCGUGCUUUGAUGUGAACUUUAUUCUGUCCACAAGAAAAAUCAUUUUGUGACACUGAAGGUUCAGUUUAAAAGGAUCAGUCCCGAGUCCUGACUCCAUUAUAACAUUAGAAUGCUGUAAAUCAUCGGCCAGGAAAAAAGAGCCAAGCUUCCCACAAUAACUUGCCACCACGCUAUCAUGGAACGGCUGCAGCUACAUCUUCUGCUCAGUAAUCGCCUUCCAUAUCAAUGACAUCAUGGCACUCACAGCUAAGAGCCUAAGAGUCUGGUUUGUUGUUAUCAUUGUAUAUAUCUACAACAUUUUGACAAAUUCUUCCUUGGUGCAUUUACCCUUCCGGGACUGACAUUCUUGGCAAAAUUUCUUAGUUAUAUGCAAAUGUGAUCUUGGUCUUCACAGCUUCUUCGUUGAGCUCAUCCUUGUGCAAAUCCCCACCAUAUGCCUAUAUAUGACUGACAUACUAGCUUAGAAUAGCAGGAGUCAAAUGAUAGAAUAGGGACUUCUCGCAGAUGGUAUCAUAUUGGUCAGAGAAGACUAGCCAAAGUAAGAAUUCUUGGUGUAGACUUGCCUGAAAGAAUUCUAAAAAUGGAGACUUGGGGAAAGAAGCUCUUGUCAAAAGAAGCUCAUAUAAUUACUUCUAAUGUAAACUUGAUGCAGAAACUCAUACAAUAAGAAGAGCUCUGUAAACUUAUGCUCUCGCCUUCAAUCAGACUGUAAACUGUUUCCUCUUUGUUCAUUGUUUGCAAUUUCUGCAUGAUCCGUAGGUUUAUUGGCGACCAUAACAGGGUGUUCUGAGGGCAUCCCGUUUUGAAAUGCAUUAGAGUUUUUUUUUGAAGACAAUACUAAUCACA